GCAAAGGAGCACCUCCCUAGGCCCUCAGAAGCUUCAAACCAAAUCUCAUCUCCUGUCAAUCCAGGUGAUUUGGUGUAUUUGAAAACCUGGAAGCCCCAGGGAUCCGACCCUUUAAGUGUUAAGUGGAAAGGCCCUUACAAGGUCAUUUUAACCACUCCAACGGCAGUUAAACUGGAAGGGUCCCCCAGUUGGACCCAUAUCUCUAGGAUUAAAAAUGCUGCUUCUGUUACCUCUCCUUCAGAUACUCCAGUGUAUUCCUGUGAGCCCAUUGAGGACCUGAAGUAUCUGUUCCGCAAGACUCCUGGAAAAAACUCUGGAGAAAGAAGGCUCUCACUCUAAUCUCCCUCUCUCCUCAUUAUGAGGAUUCUACUCCUAUUGCUCUCUCUCCAGCUCUCCUGGUCUUACUCCAUGGGCCCUCGCUAUUGGGGUGACAACUUCCUGGUCAGACUAGGGAACUCUGCGGGGAGUGGGGGUGUCCAGGACUGCUGGGUGUGCCAUCACCACCCCCAGGGUGGCCCACAGAUGCGACCUAAUGCAUUUGUUGCAAAGGUCCCAUUCCCACGGGCUACUAUCUCCUCCCUGGAUGCUACCCCCUUUGUACUAGCAAACCCCCAAGGGAACUACUCUGACCCAACUGUCCCCUGCUUCUUGGCUGGGAAGGAUCUCACAACUACAUAUCACCACACUACGGAGACAGUGGAUGUCACUGUUUCCCAGGAUGGCCAGGUUUAUAUCCCUGAUGUUGGGACACUGACCUGCACCACCAACACUGUGGGUGCAAGCGAGUGUCAUCUCUCUCAGACCUGCCGGAAUUUCACCUCGGCAACUUGCACCAGCUGUGUAAAAGGGUCACAGGCCAGGUGCACUUUUGAUCGUGCACCUCCCCAGAAGGUGACCGUGGGAAACCCAUUCUGGGAUUAUCCUGGCAAGUUCCUUUACGGUGCUUCUGAAUCGCCUUCCCUACAGCUUCUCCAUAACCUUUUGAAAACUAACCUCCCAAUAGAUAGAAUGCUUUGUGACUACACUCAUCCAUGGGGCCGAGCAACCAGGAGACUGCUUCAGACUCUAACCUCAGGUACCGUCUGUGCACCUAAGGGAUAUGCCUUCCUCUGCAAAAUUGCUCGUGAAAUUUGUUUCUUCUAGGCUACAAGCUGCAAACUUCCAACUUCUCUUGCAACCCGGGAACCCUGAGAUAACUGAUGGGAAAACUCCGCAUCCACUGGACACUGUGGCUGCCGCUUUCAGAUCUCGCUUCUCUUCCCCAAGCACCACUUCCCCUUCUUCUCCCCUUUAGGUUGAGUUCUACGACCAUUUCCAGCAGGAAGUAGAUACAGAAGAUUUGAGACCAUCGACCCUUUUCCAAAAGAAUUUGUGUUUAUUGCUUGAGGGGGGAGAUGAUGAGGAUAAUGCAGCCUCACCCAGAAGAGCAUUUGCAUUCCCUGGGAAAGACUCUGUUCCCACAUUAUGCACCUUUUGGAUGCAAAACCUACAUUCCCUGGGAAAGACUCUGUUCCCACACUAUGCACCUUUUGGAUGCAAAAUCUACAUUCCCUGGGAAAGACUCCUUUCCCACACCCAAUCUCAAGUAUGUUCCUUUCGAAUGUAAAACCCGAAUUGUUUUGUUUCUGUAUAAGAGUAAGCCCUGAGAAAAUGUUUUUCGGCAAUUCUUUGACAUUGUCCACCAAGAGAACAUCUUGGUAUCUCUCUCUUUAAUAAAGCCUUUUCUUAUCACA